AUUUGUCACAUCGGGUUUUUGUACUUAAAAAAUCAAACGGGUCGCCGCCUGCAGCAAUCGGGCUCAGGAAGCCCGCCCGCCGCGUCCCCAAAGUAGUUCGAUCCAACGGCCACCGCAAAAGCUUCUCCAAGAAGCAGAAACGCCGUCCGUUACCGCCUUCCUUCCAGUUCCCGCCCUCACUAUUCCUCUCACAGAGAGAAAAGAGGGAGAUGUGCGGAAGAGCUCGCUGCGCGCUCCGCCCCGACGACGUUCCCUGGGCCUGCCAUCGCGGCGGUGCUUCGGUCCGUACGAUCAACAUGGAAAGGUACCGGCCGUUGUACAAUGUUGCUCCGGGGUGGAACAUGCCGGUGUUGCGGAUGGACGACGAAGCCUCAGAUGGAGAUGUAGUGGUGCUUCAGUGCAUGAACUGGGGGCUAAUCCCUAGCUUUACUAAGAAGACUGAGAAACCCGAUCACUUUAAGAUGUUCAAUGCUCGAUCCGAGUCAAUAAAGGAAAAGGCAUCUUUCCGCCGCCUGAUUCCCAAAUGCCGAUGCCUUGUGGUUGUGGAAGGAUUUUACGAGUGGAAAAAAGACGGAUCAAAGAAGCAGCCUUACUACAUUCAUUUUAAGGACGAGAGGCCACUUGUAUUUGCUGCUUUAUAUGAUUCCUGGGUCAAUUCCGAAGGUGCUUCAACUCUGUUUCAGUCACAUAUAGGCGAGACUCUUUAUACCUUCACUAUCCUCACAACUUCUUCGUCCCCAGCACUGCAGUGGCUCCACGACAGGAUGCCCGUCAUUUUGGGCGACAAGGAAGCUACUGACAUGUGGCUAACGGGUGCAUCUUCGAAUGUCCAAGCGGUGCUCAAACCCUAUGAAGGAUCCAAUCUAGCGUGGUACCCAGUAACACCUGCAAUGGGAAAGCUGUCGUUUGAUGGACCUGAAUGCAUCAAAGAGAUCCAGUUGAAGACAGAAGAGAAAAACUCGAUCUCGAAGUUCUUUUCACCGAAGCAAGCCAAGAAAGAGCCAGAAAUAAAGCAAGAGGAGGAGACUUCUCCGCGUAAAUCUGUAAAGGUGGAACUUCCUGAAAAUGUCAAAGUGGAGCCUGAGACGGAAGCAUUCGAUCAUCCUCCUGUACCUGAAUGCAAACCAAGUUUAACUAAGAUUCCUGAAGACUUACAAGAAGACCAUAAAGUGAAGCGAGACUACAAAGAGGUCGCAGCCGAUUCAGACAAUGCAACCACGGAAGAGAGUGAGAAGCAUCACAGAAGUCCGGUGAAGAAGAAGAAGACGAGAGAAACGAAGGGGACCGGGGAUAAACAGUCAACACUGUUUUCGUACUUCGGGAAAAGCUAGUCUAUGCCUGUCUGUUGUCAAGGAAAAUGUUCUGUAACUUUUUGUUCCCUGGGAAAAACGAAGAACAUAACCAGAUGUGUGAAUCCAGUAAAUUUGUCGUUGUCAAUGGCAUCUGUACAGCUCAUGCCUCA